AAUGGCUUGAGUGGCGGGGCGGGUCUUUAAUGCAGGGACAGCAGUGGGAAAGAUGGCUGCGAGUGUGGGACCCUCUGCGUGGUGGCGGCGGUGGCGGCGACGUUUUUCGACUCGAAAUUGGUCCAGAAUGUUGCUCCUUCUCCUUUUGCUGGGGUCUGGGCAGGGGCCACGACAAGUUGGGGCGGGUCAAACGUUCGAAUAUUUGAAGCGGGAGCAUUCGCUAUCGAAGCCCUACCAGGGUGUGGGCACAGGUGGUUCCUCACUGUGGAAUCUGAUGGGCAAUGCCAUGGUGAUGACCCAAUAUAUCCGCCUUACCCCAGAUAUGCAAAGUAAACAGGGUGCCUUGUGGAAUCGGGUGCCAUGUUUCCUGAGAGACUGGGAGUUGCAGGUACACUUCAAAAUCCAUGGACAAGGAAAGAAGAAUUUGCAUGGGGAUGGCUUGGCAAUCUGGUACACAAAGGAUCGCAUGCAGCCAGGGCCUGUGUUUGGAAACAUGGACAAAUUUGUGGGGCUGGGAGUAUUUAUAGACACCUACCCCAAUGAGGAGAAGCAGCAAGAGCGGGUAUUCCCUUACAUCUCAGCCAUGGUGAACAACGGCUCCCUCAGCUAUGAUCAUGAGAGAGAUGGGCGGCCUACAGAGCUGGGGGGCUGUACAGCCAUUGUCCGCAAUCUCCAUUAUGACACCUUCCUUGUGAUUCGCUAUGUCAAGAGGCAUUUGACGAUAAUGAUGGACAUCGAUGGCAAGCAUGAGUGGAGGGACUGCAUUGAGGUGCCCGGGGUCCGUCUGCCCCGUGGCUACUACUUCGGCACCUCCUCCAUCACUGGGGAUCUGUCAGAUAAUCAUGAUGUCAUUUCCCUGAAGUUGUUUGAGCUGACAGUGGAAAGAACCCCAGAAGAGGAGAAGCUGCAUCGAGAUGUGUUCUUACCCUCAGUGGACAAUAUGAAGUUGCCUGAGAUGACAGCUCCACUGCCACCCCUGAGUGGCCUGGCCCUUUUUCUCAUCGUCUUUUUUUCUCUGGUGUUUUCUGUAUUCGCCAUUGUUAUUGGUAUCAUACUUUACAACAAAUGGCAGGAACAGAGCCGAAAGCGCUUCUACUGAGCCCUCAUGCUGCCACCACUUCUGUGACUGUCACCCAUGAGAUGUGGGAGGAGCAGGUGCUGGCCUGAGCACACAGCCUCGCAGGUCUUCUCUGGUCUCCAGCAGCUGGUCAGAGACUGUUCUAUCACUGGAGCUUUGAAUGCAGGAACCCUGCAUUCACAUGGUCAUCCAUGGAGACAUAUAACUCCAGUCUGAGAAGCCACCCACCCCAGGGCAAUGCUGCUGUGAUGUGCCUUUCCCCGCAGUCCUUCCACAAGGAGCAAAGAAGCAUGGAGAAAAUUUAUGCACUUGUGAUGCCAGAAUCACAGACCAGAAUUUGAUGGCCCAGGCUGCCUUGUUGUUGGACUCAGUGGACCCUUCUGCUUCAUUUAUAAAUCCACAAAGAAUAGAAAAGUGAUAAUGCCUCAUACCUUGCAGCUGUCCAUUCAUUGGUUUUUGCUUUUUGCCCAAAACUGUCUACCUGAGGAACUUUCUUUGGAAACCAGGAUGAAAACGUCUUCACUGCCUCACUUUUCUCUCUUAAUUCCAUUCAUUAUCCUGUGUGCACCCUGAGCUGGGAAAGACAUUGAAUGCCUCUCUAUUGGGCCCUGGGACUGCACAACUCAUUUAGUUUUACUGGCCUUCAUUAGGUGGCUCUAGAGAGAGUGCUUUCUGCUUUGGCUCACUGCUCCAGCUUUUCUCUUAGAUCUUUUGGUAUGUCAGUGGCCUUACUAAUCAAGGGCCCUUACUUAUAGGCCCUCAGUCAAGUUUGGCUGAAAGUUUAUGUGCCAGUCAAGAGAAGCUUGGGAGAGAUCAUGGAUGCCAUGGAAUUAACUGUGAAACUGACUAGCCCCAAGUUUGAUACUGAAAGCAACCCUUAUCAUGUGGUCUGACCUUGUAUGGAUGCUUUUGGACUCAGCAGAGCCUGCUUAGCUGCAUGUCUUGUAGUGAUGAUUUUGGGAAUCCCAUUUUGUUGAAAGUAUAUGGAAGCUUUCUUCUUAUAUCCUGAGCUUGAAUACUGCCCAAAGAGGGAAUUUGGCUUCUUUUUCUUACUGAAUAAGAAAUAGUUGCUAGUCUCAUGUUCCAAGUCUAGGAGCACUAGACCCUUAUCAUCUGUGCCUAAGAGUUUGUUGUCUCUGAGCAGCACAGCCUGGGUGCUGUCUUCUGUGUGUCAACCCUUAUUCCACUGCCUUACCUGACAAGGGGUUAACAUGCUGUUCACCUGUCUGCCCCAUGAUUAAGUUGGUUACAGGCUAGAAUCUCCUGAAGGGCCUGGAACUCUGAGCUCUCUUACAGAUCUCUGUAGCCUAAACAUAAUUCUUAAAAUGGCUGAUGGAA